CGCGGCCAUGCAGUACCCACACCCCGGGCCCGCGGCGGCGGCGGGCGCCGUCGGGGUCCCGUUAUACGCGCCCACGCCGCUGCUGCAGCCCGCGCACCCGACGCCCUUCUACAUCGACGACAUCCUGGGCCGCGGGCCCAGCGCGCCCAGCCCCGCGCCCACGCUGCCGUCCCCCAACUCCUCCUUCACCAGCCUCGUGUCCGCCUACCGGACCCCCGUGUACGAGCCCACGCCGCUCCACCCCGCCUUCUCGCACCACUCCACCGCCGCGCUGGCCGCCGCCUACGCGCCCGGCGGCUUCGGGGCGCCCCUGUACCCCUUCCCGCGGACGGUGAACGACUACGCGCACCCCUUGCUCCGCCACGACCCCCUGGGCAAACCUCUGCUCUGGAGCCCAUUCUUGCAGAGACCUCUGCAUAAAAGGAAAGGGGGCCAGGUGAGGUUCUCCAACGACCAGACCAUCGAGCUGGAGAAGAAGUUUGAGACGCAGAAGUACCUUUCACCCCCCGAGAGGAAGCGACUGGCCAAGAUGCUGCAACUUAGUGAGAGACAGGUCAAAACCUGGUUUCAGAAUCGACGCGCUAAAUGGAGAAGACUUAAACAGGAGAACCCGCAAAGCAAUAAAAAAGAAGAACUGGAAAAUUUAGACAAUCCAUGCAACCAGAGGCAAGACGUGCCCAGUGAACAGAGUCAAGGUGCUUUGGAGAGCUCGCAAUGUGCUCUCUCCCCAGCCUCCCCAGAAGAUCUCGAGUCUGAGAUUUCUGAGGAUUCAGACCAGGAAGUGGACAUUGAAGGGGAUAAAGGUUAUUUUAAUGCAGGGUGAUGACCCCUAACAUUACCAUCUGCAUGAAACUGAAACUCAAUUCGGGAAUAACAUUUGCUCCAGAAAAUCUCCAUGAUGAGCCAGAAUAUUUUAUGAGAAAGGGAAUUUUCUGCCGUUUUGAAAACCAAAAUAUCUGGUGUACUGGCUGAAUAGCAUACAUGGAAACCUUAACAUUGCCUUAAGAAAUGAUUUAUGUACUUGAUUUUUGGUUUUGUGAUAAAUCGACUCACUGACUAAAUGUGCCCUCCCUUUUGUGAAGGAUUUUUUUUCUAUUUAUAUAAAGUAAUUUUGGA